AUGUUCCAGAUCCUCACAAUGCUGUUGGUGGAAACACAGCUCUCCAUGGUUUCAGCUUUAUUUACAGUUGAAGUUCCACAACAGCUCUACAUUGUGGAGUAUGGGAGCAACGUGACCUUGGAAUGCACAUUCCCUGUGAAUGGCUCGAUAAAUCUAGGGCUCCUGACUGUUGUUUGGGAGCAGAAAAGGCAGGGCUGCUCAAAAUCAAGAGGGGUGUACACACUCCGCAAUGGGGAAGCACUCCCUCCAUCCCAACAUCCUGAUUACAUAGGAAGAGCAUCACUUCUGCACAGCCAACUGAAGUUGGGACGAGCUAUCCUUCAGAUCACCAGUGUGAAGAUCACAGAUGCAGGAUCAUACCUUUGUCUCAUUGACUACCAGGGCGUGGACUACAAGUACAUUACUUUGGAAGUAAAAGCAUCCUACAAGAGAAUAAAUACCCAAGUAAUGAAAAAACCAGGUGAAGACAAGUUCAUUUUUAUGUGCCAGUCAGAAGGCUUUCCUCUGGCAGAGGUUUUUUGGCAAAAUGAGAAGAAUUUCAGACUCAGUGGAUCUGCAAAUACGACCUAUACACUGACCGCAGAUGGCCUCUACAAUGUCACCAGCAUCCUGAUGUUCAAACCAAAUACAAGUGAGAACUACAGCUGUGUGUUCUGGAAUAAAGACCUGAAUGAAGAUACUUCAGCUCACAUCUCCACUUCAGGUUUGUAUCACCUUGAACCUGUACAGGACAGAGAAUGUCCUCUGUCCUAUGACCCAUCACUGGAAUUCAGUUCUAGAAAAGAGUGUAAUAUUGAUGCUUGGGGAACUAAACAA